AUGGCAGGACGCUUACCACGAGGGAACGUGCCCACAAGUUACAACAGCAACAUGCAGAUCAAGUCCAUCUUCGUCGUCCUCACCGGCCUGAUGGCCUUUGCCGCAGCCGCUCCAGCGGAACCGGAAGCCAGAGACACCGCGGGCGUCAAGCCAGAAAGUCCUGGACCGCGAAAGGUGGCUGCAAGACAGACUGGGCCGGUCGUUGCAACGCACAGUGCAUCGGUGAAGGUGUGA